AUGACUGUCACUACUUCACAAGCUGCGCUAGGGAGGGACCAGACAAAAGAUGAGGAAAAGAGAACACAUCAAUACGGGUCCUUAUCAGUUCAGCGAAAAAUCAGUUCAAUCCCACAGUCAUUGUGCAGUGAAAGCUGCUCUGCAGGAUACAGGAAGGCACCUCAGCCAGGCCAGCCAAUCUGCUGCUUCAACUGUAUCAUGUGCUCCCAAGGAGAAAUGUCCAACCAAACUGAUUCCAUUGAGUGCCGCAAAUGCCCUAAAAAUAGCUGGCCCAAUGAGAAGCAAGACAAGUGCAUGAAGAAAGUAACCGAGUUCCUUUCCUAUGAUGAACUGCCAGGCAUGGCAUUAAGUGCAACUUCCAUAUUCUUAGCAAUGGUUACUGCUGUUAUCCUAGUACUCUUUGUGAAGUGUCAUCACACUCCAAUUGUCAAAGCAAACAACAGGGAGCUUAGCUAUGUGCUCUUAUUUAGUCUUAUGUUGUGUUUCCUCUGUUCAUUAAUUUUCAUAGGCCGCCCCACACAUACGACAUGUAUGCUUCAGCAAGUUGCAUUUGGCAUUAUUUUUACAUUGUCUAUCUCUUGUGUUUUAGCCAAAACUGUUGUGGUAGUCAUUGCCUUCAGUGCUAGCAAGCCAAACAGUAACCUGAGAAAAUACUCAGGGCCCAGACUGCCUAAAAUUUUAGUUAUGAUCUGUACUGCUGUCCAGGUAACAAUAUGCAUUUCUUGGAUAUUUAUUUCCACUCCAUUCCAGGAUGAAAAUACAACCUCUGUACCAGGGAAGAUCAUUAUAGAAUGUAAUGAAGGCUUGCCUGUAGCUUUUUGGUGCAUGCUGAUUUACUUGGGCAUUUUAGCCACUGUAAGCCUCAUAGUUGCAUUUUUGUCAAGAAAGCUCCCAGACAGCUUUAAUGAGGCUAAAUUUAUAACAUUCAGUAUGAUGGUAUUUGUAAGUGUAUGGGUGUCAUUUAUCCCAGCCUAUCUGAGCACACGAGGGAAGUAUAUGGUGGUUGUUGAAAUAUUUGCCAUCAUAUCCUCAGGGGCUGGACUGCUACUUUGUAUAUUUGUUCCUAAGUGCUACAUUAUUCUGCUUAGACCAGAAAUGAACAACAGAGACCACCUAAUGGGGAAAGGUGCAUAUAAGAAUGGAAAUUUUUAG